CAAACAAUUAUUGGAGCUUGCCCAGUUAGGCCAUGGAAAUGUGGGAGAAAACUUUGCAACUGUUAGUGAUUUUGUGCGGAGUAUUUGCACUCACAAGAGCUGGCAGAUAUGAAGGAUAUAAAGUGUAUGAAGUUAAACCAAAUACGUUUGACCAACUAGAGGCACUUCGCCUACUUGCCAAAACGGAUGGGGAUAAAUAUGAAUUUCUUUCCCUAAGCCGCACCUUAAACCACCCAGCAAGAGUCCUCGUUUCAUCCGAACACGAGAAUAGCUUUAAAGCGCUACUGCAACACCAACAAAUACCAUUUGAGUUACAAAUCUUAAAUUUCGGGCGCGCUAUCGACGCUGAAGUGUUGGAGCAUCGCAUACUCCGCCAGUUGAAACCAUACAACGGCACUGGUCGCCUUGGCACCGAACGUUAUUAUUCCCAUGACGAAAUUAAUGCAUACUUGGAUGAUUUGGCAAGUCGUUACCCAUCACGUGUAUUUGUCAAAGUUGUUGGUAAAUCAUAUGAAGGACGAGUGCUGAAGUCAAUUACCAUUACGAAUGGCGAUGGACGUGCCGGCAAGAAUGUGAUCUUCAUUGAUGGUGGAUUUCAUGCUUGUGAGUGGUUAUCACCGGCGACAGUUUUGUUUUCAAUUGGAGAGUUGGUUGAAAAUUUCGCAGAUCAUGCCGAACUUCUAACCAACUAUGAUUUUGUCAUAUUACCGGUAGUAAAUCCGGAUGGUUACGAAUACACGCAACUGUCAAGUGAGACAAGGCUUUGGCGUAAAACACGUCAGCCUGUUGAAGUGAAUGGCACAGUUUGUUAUGGAACCGAUCCGAAUCGUAAUUUUGACUUCCAUUGGAUGGGAAAGGGCGCCUCCUCGGAUCCUUUUUCAAAUAUUUAUGCUGGACCACGCGCAUUCUCGGAGCCCGAGACGAUGGUAGUGCGUGAUAUUAUGCAUACUUUGCGUGAUCGUGGUAUUCUUUAUUUGACCGUGCAUUCAUAUGGCAACGCGUUUUUCUAUCCUUGGGGUUGGGGACCUGAAUUACCAGACACUUGGGAGGAUUUACACGAAGUGGCUUUAGUUGGUGCGGAAGCGAUACGCGAGUACAGUGGCACUGAAUAUGCUGUGGGUCAAACGACUGCGUUGUACGGAGAAGGGGCGGGCGGCAGCGAUGAUUACGCUUUCAAUGAUGGUUUUGCUUUAUCGUACACCAUGGAAUUGCCGGCUGGUGGCAGUAGUGGUUUUGAGCCGCCAGCGUCUGACAUUGAUCGUUUGGUGAGGGAAGCCUGGGCGGGCAUACGUGCCUUGGCAAAGAAAGUGACAGUGAAAUAUCCAAUCGGCAAGAAUGCGCGUUCAUAAUUUAUGCAGCGAUGGAGGGCGGCAGUCAAAAUAAAUAGGGUUUUUCCGAAUUCGAAACAUGUAUGAAAUACUUUAGAAUUUUAAUCGUCUUAUUGUUUAUACUAAUCCAAUAAUAUAUUCAGUGUUGACGUGUUGAAGUUUAUGGCCUUAAACUUCAUAGUUGUAAACGG